AUGGUGACACUGCCUAUCUACAGUUGCCACAGCUACUCUAUCAUCAAAAGUUUUCAAAAAAUCUAUGUUCCUAUUUAUUUGAUUGUAGUUUCACUUGCGGUUUGGCAGCGUGUGACUGUGAUGAAAGGUCAGACACUCAUCUUAAGGUGCCCCCUAACCAAUGCGCACAACACCUAUGUGGAGUGGAAGAAUCCCAAAGGAUACAUUAUGUUCUUCAGUCACAAUAGAGGUGACAAUCACAUCGACAACUCUUUAAAGGACAAGCGCUACACAAUCAUCAGACUGUCAAGCUCUACAUUCACCAUCAGUAUUUCCAAUGUUAACUUCAAAGAUGGAGGAAACUACACAUGCUCACACUAUGGCACCCGCACAGAAGAGAAGAAGGUGGAGGUGACAGUGCUAGGUGAGUGUUACGUUCCUGCUACAUAUUCAUUUGCACACUGUUCAUAUGCUGAUACUGUAUAUUUAUCUUUGCACUAUUUCAUUCAACUCAUGUGACUUAACAUCUUAUUCCACCUCAUCCCAUUGCUCUAGUGUUCUAUAAGCUUAAUGUAAUAUCAGUUGUACAUAUCUAUUGGUAAAUUAGUUCUGACUGUUCAUACUGUCAUGGUUAGACCCCCUCACCUGGAGGAUGAGGGAG